GGGACUGUGUGAAGAUGGAAGCGGAGGGCAGGGCGGCCGUGCUGGUGUAUGACAGUGUGGACCGGGAGCGGUUCCUCCGGGAGAUUUACCCGAUGAGAAAACCUGCAGUUCUUAAAGGAAUCCCCCUCGGCUCGUGCACAUCAAAAUGGACAGUUGACUACCUGAGUACGACUGGAGGAAGGCAGGAGGUCAAGGUUCAUGUUGCAUCAAUACCACAGAUGGAUUUUAUCAACAAAAAUUUUAUCUACAGAACUUUACCAUUUGAUGUUUUUGUGAAGCGAGCAGCAGAGUCAGUCCACACAGAAUACUUCUUAUCUGAGGAUGAAAAAUAUUAUUUAAGGUCAUUAGGAGUAGACGCACGGAAGGAUGUAGCAGAUAUCAGAAAACAAUUCCCACCUCUAGCUGAGGACAUCAACAUCCCAGAGUUUUUUGAGAAGGAUCAGUUUUUCUCCAGUGUUUUUCGCAUCAGCUCACCAGGCCUGCAGCUGUGGACUCAUUAUGAUGUUAUGGAUAACUUUUUGAUCCAAGUAAUCGGCAGGAAGCGAGUGAUCCUCUUCAGUCCUCAGGAUGCACCUUAUCUGUAUCUAACAGGAGAUAAAUCUGAGGUCUUAGACGUGGAGAAUCCAGAUCUAAGAAAAUAUCCACAAUUUGCAAAAGCUCAGUGCUAUGAAUGUCAGUUAGAUCCAGGAGAUGUGCUUUUCAUUCCAGCACUGUGGUUUCAUAACACUGUUGCUAAAGAGUUUGGAGUGGGAGUGAAUGUAUUUUGGAAACAUCUUCCUGCAAACUGCUAUGAUAAAACGGACACUUAUGGAAACAAGGACCCUGUGGCAGCCUCAAGAGCUAUGCAGAUUUUAGACCGAGCCUUAAAAACACUGGAAGAGCUUCCAGAUGAAUACAGAGACUUCUAUGCACGGCGAAUGGUUUUACGAAUUCAAAGUAAAUCAUACAGCAAUCAUUAUAAAUAGAAUAUAGAAAUAAGUAAGUUAAAGUGAUAAGUUUAUUUGGGUGUGUAACAAUUUAUAAUAAAACUAGUUUUUGCUUUUUGAAAAUAGUUUCUAAAUUCCACAAGUUGCUAAUUUAAAUGAUCCCAUAAGUUAUGAUCUGUAACUACAUUAGCAAUAACCUGUUCUAACCUUUAUGCAUAACUGUUUGGUUUGCAGUUUUGAUACUUAAGGGACUUAUUACCCUAAUAUUCAUUUUCCAAAGCACCACUGAUACACAAAAUAUAUUAUGAGGUAUUUUCAUUGUGUUUAAAUAUCUUGUAUAAUCAUUAUGGCUGUAAAGUCCAUGGUGUACAUUCCAAAUGGUGUGGAAAAUAGCAGAUUUCUUAUCUUGUGUAAGUAAUUGGCUAGUUCUUAAGUGCAAAAUCAUACUUCAUAUUGAGAAUAUUCAUAUCAGUACAUCUCUCUAGUAUAUUUAACCAAAUACCAGGAUACUAUUUCUACAAAUGCAUUAAGAUCUCUCUCCCAAUAAUAUCCAAAGGUGUAGAAGAUCAGCAGUUUUAAAGCAUUGCUGGUGAACCUGGCAUGCUCUUUAUAAAUGUACAAAGGAGAUGCUUCUAAAAGAUGAGAAUUCUCUGUGAAAUCAACUUAUAUAAGACAUGAUGAGUCAGUACACUGUCAUACCUAACAUUAAAGAAUGAUAGAUGCAAUUAUUGUGACCAAUCACUUCCUCUGCUAGUUGUUUCUAAGUGGUUGGUAAUAGAAGGUGAAAUCAUGUAAACCUUACCUGGAUCCAUAAUAUCUAUUCAGCAGAGCCAAUUGUUCCCCUGCAGUGGCUUCUCAGCUAACUUUUAUGCUAUUAUCUCUGGAGUACCCCAAGCAUCUGUACAUUGUGUUUCCUACCUAUGACCAUUGUAUUUGCGACAUUUCAAUGGCAUUAUCCACAAACAGAUUCCACAUUGGUGACACACAAGUCUAGCUUGUUUAGUUUAAAAAAUAAAUGGCGAUCGCGGGGGCGGUUGUCCAGCUAGCUUGCUGGACAAACUUUCCUCAUUCCUGAAGAAGGGCUUAUGCCCGAAACGUCGAUUCUCCUGUUCCCUGGAUGCUGCCUGACCUGCUGCGCUUUUCCAGCAACACAUUUUCAGCGACACACAAGUCUACUUCACCGCCUAAUGUCUUGACCCUGCCUGGCCCCCUCAUACAUUGAUUUUAGCUCACUUAUCCCAUAUUCACGAAUAGAUAUUUUGUCCGGUUUAACGUGGGAGAAGGGAGAAACUUUGAUCCUCACUAUAAACCCCUCACUCUGAGGUAGAAAUUCCAGCACUAUGCUCUCUUUGUUGGUAAGACCACCUACUUCCUGCCAUAACAUCCAACCCCAUCCCAGUCCUGUCCGGGCUUCAUCCUUCCCUCAUCCCUACGAUACUCUGUGAACUCUACUUUCCUGUAUUGUGGCCUAUUACAGGUCCAUUUGCAUUGUUGCUUCUUUGUUUCCCCCUCCUUUAAGAUGCUUCCCAAAACCAUAACUCUCUGAUGAAACUUUUGGUAAUCUGUUCUACCGUCUCCUUUGACUUGAUGUCAGUUUAUUGCUGAUUCUGCUUUCACAAAGUUUCUCGGGAUAUUUUACUAUAUUAAAAUUGCUAUAAAAAUAUAUAAUUUUAAAGUGGCUGCUAACAAUGUAAUUGAAGAACUAAUGACAGUUUAAAUAUGGUAUAAUCUGUUGACAGAGGAUGAAACAUAUAGAUGUACAAAAUCUCUUUUCCUC